GCAUUGUGAGCCACUGGGUAGAGCAGGUACUUACUGUAAACCCUGCCUAUAGGUAAAAAGACCUUAAUGUUAUCGUACUUCAAUUGUCCCAUACCUUCCUUCUGAACCAUCCCUUCCCUAUGGUACACACACCCUCAGUCUGAGGGGUGUGAGGGGUAAUGGCACAGGGAUCCACCAUCUUGUCUUGCCACCACUCAAGACACAGACAUGGCUUCUGUUUGUCAGUCCUUAUUAAAUGUUUAUUUCUAAGAAAAAAAAAUAAGCUGGUACAUCUACAUAAAGGAGAAGUAUGGAGCUGUAAAAAAGAGUAAGAUGUCUUUUUAUUGCUAUGGAGUGAUUCCCAAGAUAGGGUACGCAGAAAAGCAAAGAGAACAUGCAGUAAUAUACAUGAAAGAAAGCAGGGGAAAUGAUGUGUAUUUCAUUAUUUAAAAAUAAAAGCCAAUGUUGGGGAAGUCUUGAUGAUGACCUGUGACAGUUUCCUUCUAACUUCACUGGGCAGCCAAAGUGCAUAUUUUCUCAAAAUUUUAUUUUGCUAUGGGUUCUGCAGAGGAUGCUAACUGUGCACUUUUCGCCUUUGAGUUAGUCUGAGAAAGCUUUGCUUUGUGAUUCAUCGUGCAUUACGCGGUAUCCAGACUGCUCUUUCAUUUUAUUCUAUCCUCUCAAUGUUUUGAGUCAGGUAUAAAAAGGGAAUUAUACUGUGUUACAUAUGAGGAGGCUGGUUCUAAGAAGAAGACUCAGUACCUCAAGAGUGUAAAUUCUAGAUAUAUGGCAUAUAAAACUAGAAUUUAUAAAAAGGUGUGCAUAUGACCUUUAAAUAGGACCUUUUCUAAAAAAAAAAAAACUUUUUUUUUUUAAUCUUACUAAAGCAAUUAAGCCUCAGGAUGAAAACAGCAAUAUUAGAUAAUGAGAAAUAAAAUGGGGAUACUUGUGACACAGUAAUGCUUUUUAUUUUGAAAAGACAGGGUCUUGCUUUGUCACCCAGGCUGGAGUGCAGUGGCGUGGUCAUAGCUCACUGCAGCCUCAAUCUUCUAGGCUUGAAUGAUCUUCCCACAACAGUCUUCCAUGUAGCUAGGGAUACAAGUGCUCACCGCCACAUCUGGUAAUUUUUAGUUUUUUUGUAGAGACGAGGUCUCACUGUGUUGCCCAGGUUGGUCUCAAACGUUUGACCUCAAGCAAUCCUUCUGCCUUAGCCUCCAAAAAUGUCAGGAUUACGGCCAUGGGCCAGCACACUUAGCCCAGAAAUGUUCCUAAAAGUCUGAAACAGUAAGUUAACUGCUAUUAAGAAAUAUAUAAAAAGAUAAACAUAUACUAUGAUAUAUGAAAUGUCACCAUUCAGUCAUGGUCACAACAGUGAUUAAAAUAUCCAACAGUUCAGGCAAGUCUGAGAACUGAGAGGGACAUACAGGAUUGGUUUGGAAGCCAGAAUUAGGAUUGUCAGAGCUGGGAAAGCAGAAGCAAGGCAAGAGUGUGCACAGGAGUGGGGCACGCAGCAGCUCCGUGGUAUGCCGUGUGUCCUCUUUUAUGGCAGGCCAGCUCCAGCCCAGCAGAUGAGAAUCACCAGAUGGGUGGAAAGAGUGGAUUCAGGUUUGGCUCGCCGUGUCAGGAGCUGGGUAGCCAAAAAAUGGAGACAAAAGAAAAGGUGCCCCAAUAAAAAUGAAGGUCCCGUUGAGGUCCUCCAGGACUGCGUCCAUGAAGACAUCAAGGACGAGGAGCUCCUGGCGGAGGCGUCAUGUGAGGAUCACCACCGUCCUGUUGAGGUCCUCCAGGACUGCGUCCAUGAAGACAUCGAGGACGAGGAGCCCCUGGCGGAGGCGUCAUGUGAGGAUCACCACCGUCCUGUUGAGGUCCUCCAGGACUGCGUCCAUGAAGACAUCGAGGACGAGGAGCCCCUGGCGGAUGCUGCACGUGAGGAUCACCACCGUCCUGUUGAGGUCCUCCAGGACUGCGUCCUUGAAGACAUCGAGGAUGAGGAGCCCCUGGAGUGGUCUGUGGGCUACUAUUACCAUUGUCCUGUUGAGGUCCCCCAGGACUGCAACCUUGAAGACACCGAGGAUGAGGAGCCCGUGCAGAGUACUGUGGACCGGGAUUACCACCGUCCUGUUGAGGUCCUCCAGGACUGCGUCCUUGAAGACAUCGAGGACGAGGAGCCCCUGGAGUGGUCUGUGGGCUACUAUUACCAUUGUCCUAUUGUGGCCCUCCAGGAGUGCGUCCAUGAAGACAUUAAGGACGAGGAGCCCGUGGCGGAUGCGUCACGUGAGGAUCACCACCGUCCUGUUGAGGUCCUCCAGGACUGCGUCCUUGAAGACAUCGAGGACGAGGAGCCCCUGGAGUGGUCUGUGGGCUACUAUUACCAUUGUCCUGUUGAGGUCCCCCAGGACUGCAACCUUGAUGACACCGAGGACGAGGAGCUUCUGCAGAGUACUGUGGACUGGUAUUACAACGGUCCUGUUGAGGUCCUCCAGGACUGCGUCCUUGAAGACAUAGAGGACGAGGAGCCCCUGACCACCACGGCAGCCCCAAGUCUCUAAUGCCAGUAGGUUUGUGUACGCCCAUCUGACCCCAGCCACGUAGUGCCGAUGUUCCAUCUGAAGUGUGACUGGGCUGGGGCGUCAUUCACAGCUGGAUCAUCAUCCACGGCUGAGUCAUCAUCCACCGCUGGGGCAUCAGGGAC